UACAUACUAUAUACUAUAUAUAUAUACUGUACACCGAUCAAUUUGGUCUGCCUUGUGGUGUGUGAAAAUGGUUAUGUCGGAGCUACAUUGGCACUCAGCUAGUCCCGAGGAUAACAACAACUCCUUGAAGCAUGAUCUCCUGAAGGCAAACACAAACAGCGCCAGAGACGCUGCCGUUCAUCUAAUGCAGAAUCGCUAUAUCAGCCGACUGUCACGCUCGCCAUCGCCGCUGCAAUCGAACGCUUCUGAUUGUGAUGAUAAUAACUCGAGUGUUGGCACUUCCAGCGAUCGGUGUCGUUCCCCUUUGAGUCCGGCGCUGUUGCUGACACAGCAGCCGCAGGCGAAGCGACGCCUGUUGUCCCGCCAACAGCCCCACCCGGCGCACCACCAUCUCCACCACAACCACCACCUCAACCACAACCACCAUCAUCAGGUGUACAAGCUGGAGCAACCGGAUGAGGAUUACGAUGAUGCCAAUGGCGGUGCACUGAACUUGACCAGCGACAAUUCGCGUCACAGCACUCAAUCGCCGGCGAACUCGGUGAAAUCCACGGCGACGACACCACCCACUGUGGGUCAGUUGGCACCUGCACCCAUUGUGGUUGCGGCGCCACAGAUCUCACCGGUACUGGCGCCCAACGUGGGCACACCCCCUUCGAUGGCCGCCGUGCAGGCAGCGGCAGCAGCUGCGGCUGCUGUUGCAGCCACCACAGUGGCAAGUGGCAUGCAACCUUUGCUGGCGCUGCCCGGCCUAUCCUCACCGCAGGCACAAUUUGCUGCCGCCGGCUUGGGUCUGGGCAAUCCACUGCUGUCGGGCUCCAUAUCGCCUCAGGACUUUGCCCAGUGGUUGCAGCAACGUCAGGUGGCACUGCCCCAGCAAUUCAACAGCUAUAUAGAGCUGCUGAGAAAUGGUUCGUUGGGUCUCUCCCCAGAUGACCCGGCGCUGGCAACUCAAGUGGCUGCCGCUCAGUUCUUCAUGCAGAGCCAACUGCUCUCGCAGGCAUCCCAGCAAUUUCAGGCGCUGCACAAGCAGCAUCAGCGACAGGAGCAGUUGCAAGAAUCGCUAUCGCUUUCGUUGUGCAAAUCACCAAUGCAACAAUUGCAACCACGCAGCUCGACACCUCACUCGAGAAGUCCACCCACUCCGCUGCGUAGUCCAGCCAGCAGUCCACAUCAACAUCAGCAUCAUCAGCACCAUCAUCACUUGCAUCAUCCGUUGCAAAUAACGCCGCCAAAUUCGGCAGCCAGUUUGAAACUGAGCGGCAUGUUAACACCCAGUACGCCCACCAGCCAUGCCCACAAUCAGAGCUCUGUUCCCUGCACGCCACAGCCCAAGACGGUGGCAAGUGCGGCAGCAGCACGUGCCGCUGGCGAACCCUCACCCGAGGAGACCACCGAUCUGGAGGAGCUGGAACAAUUCGCCAAGACCUUCAAGCAGCGUAGAAUCAAACUGGGUUUCACCCAAGGCGAUGUGGGUUCAGCUAUGGGUAAAUUGUACGGCAAUGAUUUCUCCCAGACGACCAUUUCUCGGUUUGAGGCACUCAAUUUGAGUUUUAAGAACAUGUGCAAGCUGAAGCCACUGCUGCAAAAGUGGCUGGAUGAUGCUGAUCGCACCAUUCAGGCGACGGGUGGCGUCUUUGAUCCGGCUGCGCUGCAGGCCACGGUUAGCACUCCGGAAAUAAUUGGCAGGCGGCGCAAGAAGCGCACCUCCAUCGAGACAACGAUAAGGGGUGCGCUGGAGAAGGCGUUUAUGGCCAAUCAGAAGCCCACCUCGGAGGAGAUCACACAGCUGGCCGAUCGCCUCGGCAUGGAGAAGGAGGUGGUUCGUGUCUGGUUCUGCAAUCGCCGGCAGAAGGAGAAACGCAUCAAUCCCUCGCUCGACAGUCCAACGGGCGCCGACGAUGAGGAGUCCUCCUACAUGAUGCACUAGAAACUAGACAAACCAGCAACCAGCAGCAGCAGCAGCCCAAGUCGCUACUCGAAGAUUGGCUGGGAACACAACAUAUGCCGUGCAAUGUGCGCAAAGCAGCAGGCUUAACUAACUAAAAGCAGGUUCAAAAGUCGCAAAACACAUCAAAUAUUAGCAUAAUUCUUCACUAUGAUUCGUUGUCAACUACCAACCACACACACACGCACACACACGUACACACACACACAUACACACACCUGUGUGUGUGUAAUCAAUGUGGCUCUGUGGUUUGUUUAUGUUAACUAUUGAUGGUAUUUAUUGUAACCAAUUACAAUGAGAAGUAAGCAUAAGUAAAAAAAAGAACUAAAUCAAAAUGUGCUGCUCAAGUGAACCACUGCGAACUAGUUCCUCAGUUCACUUGAACACCAGCAUUUGAAGUCUAAAAAUUCAAUCAACUGCCAAGAGAAACGGCACACGAAUUGAAUUUUGUAUUUAAAUGUCCUGUUCUGGAUGGCGUAUGAUUAAUAUUUAAGUACAUUUAAUCCUAAGGCAUCUUUCUGUGUGUGUAUAUGAAGAAAUCAAGGUGUGUGGCUAAUGCACCGUUUCUUUCAAGUCAGUAAACAACAGUUUCUAGCGAAUCGUUUCACUAAUAAAAACCAAUAACAUUAAAAAAAUACAGGAGAAAUGAAAUAUUUUCAGUUUUCAUAGCAACACACUUUUAAGCAUAUUUAUUUUUUCGUGAAUACUGUGAUAAUCAAUUGAAUGAUUUUUAAUUUAAAAUACAUUAAAAGAAAAACAUAAUUAAUAAUAAAUACUUAGCAGAGUACUUUGUAUGUUAUGUGCAAGCAAACUAACAAUUAAAAAUAAUAAAAACAUUUCUAAUUUAAAUUUUAACAAAACCAUAUUAAAAAUAAAAAACUUUAUGAAACCCAAUUUGAAUUAUCAGAAACACACAUUUGUAAUUGUAAAUUAUAAAAGAAAAAAGCAAACAAAAAAAAAAAACAAAAAACAAAUACUAAUAGAAUUUUAAAAUGUAUGAAAACAAAAAUAAAAUAUAUACAAAAAAUUAAUAAAAAUAAAAUAAAUAUCAGACAAA